AUGACUAGGGAUCCUGAUGUUGAACGGCGCUCAAUUGUCGAUCUUUCCCUAAAAGGUUAUUCCCAGCAGUAUAUUGGCGCUUUAAUUAAUAGGCCCCUGAAGACUGUGAACAGGAUAAUUCAAGCCUACAAGUAUGAAAGUUGCAUUCAGGAUGCACCCCGCGCACCCCGCCCUAAAGCUACCACAGACGAUGAAGACGCCCUCAUAGUUGCAGCUGCUGUUCGUAACCUUUUCUUGCCAGCCCCAGCAAUACUCGAGGACUUGGAUUUGGACGUUUUGGACACCACUGUUCGACGUCGCCUGCGUACUGCAGGCCUUCGCUGUCGCGUCGCAGCGCAGAAGCCACUUCUAACGGCGGCACACAAGGACGCACGACGGCAGUUCUCUGAGUUGCACGAAGCAUGGACAUCAGAAAAGUAG